GUUAAGCUCUGUUUACCAUGGAAAGUGCGUUGCAAGUGGCAGCAACUGUGCGCCUCCAUGACGCCCCUGGUACGCGUUUUCUUGAUUCAAAAACGUUCCCUGUAGCGUGAAUGACCCCACACUCCAUACCCAUCUCCUAUAAAUACAUUUUGCAAGCUCAAAGUUAAGAAAAAUCAAAAUCUUCAGUAGUGGGGUACCCAUCUAUUCAGAGCUUUAGGCUUCUUUAACCUCAGAUUCCAGAACAUGGGUGGUGCAGCUUUAAUCUCCUUCUUGUUCUUCUUCUCCUCUGCAUUUAUGAUCAUACUUCCGGCCAUUGUCUCUGCAAGGAAUCAUCCACAUACCACUGUCCUUUUGAAUGUCAGUAGUGUCCUACACAAAUCAUCUGUCCAUAACAGGUCUUCUUUAGCAUUGCCUCUCUUGUCUGUGUCCACAACCAAUGCUUCAUCCUUACUGGUCAAUGCUCUGGUUAAGCGAACAAAAGCUGCUCAGGGCAGAACUUAUUUCAGCUACAAUGAUGUUACUCUCAUGACAGAAGUCACAGUGGGUAGUCCUCCACAGAAGCAAAAGAUGGUUCUUGAUACUGGCAGUGAGCUCUCCUGGCUCAACUGCCAAGUGGGUGCAGGCCAUUCCUCCUUCAAUCCAGCCCUUUCUUCUUCCUAUGCCUCAUUGCCCUGCAAUUCCCCUGUUUGCAGAGAAAAAACCAAGGAUUUCCCCAUACCCACAAGCUGUGAUUCCAAGCUCUGCCACUUCACAUACACCUAUGCUGAUGGGACCGACAUUGAAGGAAAGCUGGGGAAAGAUUUCAUCACUUUCCCUGCUUUCAAAAUCCCCGGUUUCGUCUUUGGGUGCUCUGAUUCUGCACCUCUGCCUGAGACUCCUGGUCUCAUGGGGCUCAAUCGUGGUGAGCUAUCCCUGAUUUCUCAGCUCGGCAUGGCUCGGAAAUUCUCUUACUGUAUCACCGAUCGAGUCGCCAAACCUGGCUCUGCUGGCCUUCUUCUAUUUGGGGAUUCCCCAUUUGCCAAAUAUCUGCACUACACCCCUCUGCUCAGUAUUUCUCUUCCCCUGCCUUACUUCAACAGGGCUGCUUACAGUGUGAGAAUGGAGGGCAUUAAGGUCGGAAACAAGCUUCUUCCGAUUCCCAAAUCGGUGUUCUUGCCUGAUCACACAGGUGCUGGGCAGACCAUGAUCGAUUCGGGCACCCAGUUCACACUACUUCUCGGGGAAGCCUACACGCCUCUCAGAGAAGCCUUUGUGGAACAGAACAGAGGGCAUUUGAAGCCAAUGACGGGCAAUGUUGCAUUCUAUGGAGCUCUUGAUCUCUGCUACGAUCUUCCUGCCAAUCCUGCACAAUUUCCCCCUGUUACGCCCGUUACUCUGCUCUUUAAUUCUGCUCAAGUCACGCUCGAUGCCCACCAUUUGCUGUUCCGAGUCCCUGAAGGCAGCGGUGCCGCUAUUCCCAAAGGUCGGGCAAUUUACUGCUUCACAUUUGGGAAUUCGGAUUUGGUUUUCGUGGAGGCCAACAUUAUUGGGAAUCAUCACCAGCAGAAUUUGUGGAUUGAGUACGAUCUUCAGAAUUCAAGGAUUGGAUUUGCAAGAGCUCGCUGCGAUGUGUGAUGUAAAUGUUAAAUUACCUUUACUUUAGUACCAGUUCUCAUGGAUUUACAGAGUAUACUUUGUUUAUGAAUUACAGUGGCUGUUCAUGGCUGUGCAGUGUAGACUGUUAGGAAAAGUCUGUAAUACUGUAUACCCCCAUGAAAAGGGAUAGAAUCUCGACUAGUUUGUAUUUUGAAUGUCUCCAAAAUUCCCUGUAUAUUUUAUGUAUUUGAUUCAGUUAAAACUA